ACAUCAGAACAGUUUCUGGAGAUGUUCCGCAACAACCUGCUGGACGUGGGAGUUGAUUUUGUUCCCUACGGAACUCACUCGUUCAGACGCGGUGGAUGCCAGUGGUUAUCGGUUGAGCGUCGAUGGCCUUUGCGUCAAAUUUGUGAAUGGGGUGGCUGGAGUCAAGAAUUCACCCACUUGACAAUUGUCAAGUACCUUAUUUCAUGGAACGACAACCCUCAUGUUGAUCGAGACGAUUUCUUCAACAUGAAGCGUGCACCUGCGAAAGUUUGUCCCACCUGCAACCGCUCAUGUCAUUGUGCUUAG